AUGUCUGAUCAAUUGUUUGAAAUUAAUGAUGAAAAUAAUAUGUCAUUUGAAUAUGAAGGAAUAAAUAACUUUGAACAUAACUUUGAUGACAAUUAUAAUGUUUUUAGUGAUGAAAAUGAUAAUUAUGAUGAAACCGAUGAUCAUACUGAUAAUGAAGAGGGAAAUACCGUUAAUUUUUUACCUAUUACCUCUUAUUUUUCCCCAACAUCUCCAACUGAAACCUCAAAAAAAAAAGCCAAAACCAAUGUAAUACUUAAAAAAGGAAACAAGUCAUCCGGUCCUAGUUGGAUAUGGAAAUAUACUCGUCGUGAUAAAUUAACUAGAGUCAAAUACUGUACAGUUCGUAUAGAUAAUGAAGAUGGUACUAGUGAACGGUGUAAAAAAGUGUUUCAGCCAAAAACAUCAACAACUAAUAUAGCUGCACAUUUACGUACUGAGCAUCGAAUUUUUAAAACCCAAAAAUGGGAUGCAUCCUCUACAACAACUGUAAAUCCUACAUCAGUAACUCAACCAACAAUCGAAACAAUCAUACAAAAACAAAUAGAAAACACUUUGCCCCUUCCUGAAAAACAACAAAAUCGUAUUUCUUAUCGGCUUGUUGCUUGGAUUGUUGAAGAAAUGAUGCCAUUAAAUUGUAUCAACUAUGAUCGAUUUCGAGAUUUUUGUUAUGAGAUUAAUCAACGGUUUGAGAUCCCUUGCACUAACACAAUUAAAAAUAUGAUGAAAGAAUCAGUAUUUCAUACAUGCGCAAUACUAAAAGAAAUGAUACGUCAAACAAUGGCAUCCGCCUGCAUUACUACUGAUUUAUGGACACAAAACCAUGUUCCAUAUAUCGGUAUAACAGCCCAUUGGCUUUCUGAAAACUUUACUAUGUACAAAUCCUUAAUUACAAUUGAGCAUUUUCCCUAUCCACAUACAG